CGGUGCCCCCGCCCGAGCGCCUCGGCCCGGCCCUGCCCAUCGCAGCCGUUUUCUCGAGGCUCCGCCUGCGGCCCAAUUUCCAGGCGACCGUUUCCCGGCGACGGCGGGCGGGGCGGUCCCCUCCGCCGCUGCCGUGGGCCCGCGAAGCCCCGCCUCGUGCUCGCACUGGAGCCGCUGCUGAGCCUCGACGCGGCCACAGCCCGCGCCCCCCGCGCAGAGGCAAGGGAAUGGCUCGCACGACUUCUGAGGUCAGCGGCCUACCAGGUGGGCGACGCUCCCUCUCCGGGGCUCAGUUUUCGCGUCUUCGAAACCCGAGGCAGAAGAGGGCUUAAGCGCAGAUUUACCCAGCGCAAGUCGCUUGAGAUCGCUGGCCCCGACAGGCCUGACCCUGGUGUAGGGUCUGAACGAGGCCGUCAGGGCCCGCGGGGUCGCCACGAUGGACUCACUGGCAGCACCCCAGGACCGCCUGGUGGAGCAGCUGCUGUCGCCGCGCACCCAGGCCCAGAGGCGACUGAAGGACAUCGACAAGCAGUACGUUGGCUUCGCCACACUGCCCAACCAGGUGCACCGCAAGUCUGUCAAGAAAGGUUUCGACUUCACGCUCAUGGUGGCUGGUGAGUCCGGCCUGGGGAAGUCCACCCUUGUCCAUAGCCUCUUUCUGACCGACCUGUAUAAGGACCGGAAACUGCUGAGUGCUGAAGAACGCAUCAACCAGACGGUAGAGAUCCUGAAACACACUGUAGACAUUGAGGAGAAGGGGGUCAAGUUAAAGCUCACCAUUGUGGACACGCCCGGCUUUGGGGAUGCGGUGAACAACUCUGAAUGUUGGAAGCCCAUCACUGACUAUGUGGACCAGCAGUUUGAGCAGUAUUUCCGUGAUGAAAGUGGCCUGAACCGCAAGAACAUCCAGGACAACCGGGUACACUGCUGCCUGUACUUCAUCUCCCCGUUUGGACACGGACUGAGACCAGUGGAUGUAGGCUUCAUGAAGGCGCUGCAUGAGAAGGUGAACAUCGUCCCACUCAUCGCCAAAGCGGACUGCCUGGUGCCCAGUGAGAUCCGGAAGCUGAAGGACAGAAUCCGUGAGGAGAUCGACAAGUUUGGGAUCCAUGUGUACCAGUUUCCAGAAUGUGAUUCAGAUGAAGAUGAAGACUUCAAGCAACAGGACCGGGAACUGAAGGAAAGUGCACCCUUCGCCGUUAUUGGCAGCAACACUGUGGUGGAGGCCAAGGGGCAGCGGGUCCGGGGGCGACUGUACCCCUGGGGGAUCGUCGAAGUGGAGAAUCAGGCACACUGCGACUUUGUGAAGCUCCGCAACAUGCUCAUCCGCACUCACAUGCACGACCUCAAAGAUGUGACGUGCGACGUGCACUAUGAGAACUACCGUGCCCACUGCAUCCAGCAGAUGACCAGCAAACUCACCCAGGACAGCCGCAUGGAGAGCCCCAUCCCUAUCCUCCCACUACCCACACCGGAUGCGGAGACUGAGAAGCUCAUCAGGAUGAAGGAUGAAGAGCUAAGGCGCAUGCAGGAGAUGUUGCAGAAGAUGAAGCAGCAAAUGCAAGACCAGUGACACCCGCCCCAGCCCCACGUCGUCGUCGACAAGGAUAGACAGCCGGCCAGUUUCCGGGCUGGUCCUUCCUACCCCUGGAUCCCAGACUGUCCUGGAUUCCACCCUGGGUUCAUCUGGAUCUCAGAAGGCCUGGACCUCACCCUAAUCCAAAGUGGCUUUGACCAGACUGUUCAGACCUGGAGCCACAGAGCCACAGCCCCCAGAUGACCCUAAUUUAUUCUCGGCGUCCACCCUUCCUGGUCAUUUGUAUCUGCUUCCGAGUGGUCUGAAUCACAGCCCCUCCCCAACCUCCUGCCCCCACCCCACCCCGCACCUCCCCGCCUGUCUUAAGGGAACAAGAUGUGCACAACCUCCAAGAUCUCCCUUCCUAGAAGAUCACUGCCCCCCAGCGGGCCAAUAAACCAGGGUAGAGGAGGGACGUGGAUGCAGGAUCUUGGGUCUAUUACCCAAGCUAGUGCUGCAGAGUGGAGUUGGGAGGCCCCCCUCUGCCGAUUCCAGUGGGCUAUGAAGCAUUUGCUAAUGGCCUACUGAGCGCGGAAGUAGGCCGGUUCCUCCCUUACUCCCUAAUCAUGCUCUGUUCAGAAUCGGAGGCGGCGGGGUUUGGAGGCUGAGGUCUUUAGGAAGACCCCAGAUCUAGAGGCUUCUGGGAGGAAGGCGGGGCCACGAUGCUCUAGACCCUCGCGCCCCUUCCUGAGUCUACCUGAAGGACUCCAAGGGCGGUAGAAACGGGGUGUCCCCUAUGCCUAGACUACUUUUGUCCACCCAUAGGUCAAGGUCUUUUCUUCCCGGCAGCUCUGUUGCACAAGGAUUCCAGCCCUUGGCCUCCUCCAUAUCUCCACCCGCAUGAUUCCUCCCCACACACCCCAUGCUCUGUUUUGUUCAGUUGUGAAUGCCGCGUCCUGUCCUGGUGACAGGAGAACAAAGUUGGUGAACGUC